GCACGUGGUCCCCCACGGGGCUAGCGAGUCUAGCCUGCCACCACGCGCUGGGCCCUCGCCGCCAUGUCUCUUCUUCCCAACCGCCAUCUCCCUGCUCGCUCUCUCCCGCCGUCCCAUGGACGACUGUCCUCAUGAGUCUGCUCGUUUCCACCCUCUGACCCGCAAGCGCAAGGCCGCCGCCGACACAGCGAACACAGACCCCGCCCCACCGGACUCGCUCCUCAUGAGCCCAGACGCUACGCCUCGCAUACCUGCUGAGCCCGCCGACGUCAGCAAGGCGUCCUGGCUCCUCGAGCAGCAUGCCACCACCGUCAUCCCGUCCUGGCAGGAGCCGCCUUCCGGGUCGUCUCCAGCUCUCGCAGUGCACACUCGCCAAGACGGCCCGUCCAAGCCAAAGCGAUCCCGCAUCGAGAUACCCCAAACGAUACCCACGUCUCCCCGCAAGUCGCGCAGCCGACGCCUCUUAUAUUCCAGUAAUGUCUCUUCUCCUCGCAAGCCUUCUCGGCUACUUCGUCUGCCCUUUGUACGAGACACAGGCAGCCUCGUGCCUCGUGCCUCUCUUAUCGAGCCUAGUUACGCGCAGGUGCCCUCGCAUCGACCACCCAUUAAUAGAGAGACCCUGAAAGAGUUAGAUAUAGGUGCCAUACUACGCAAUCCUCAGCUUCGACACGAUGUCUUGUUCGAUCCCGGUCUGCAAUUUCGUCCGACCUCCAGUCGACGGAAACGAGACCUCACAGAGAGCUAUUGGACUGCCGUCGUGCCAGAGCUCGACACAGGCUGUACCUGUACCACUCUGGGCUUGGAGGGUAAGCUCAUCGAACGCCAAUGUAUCUGCGGCAUAAUACCUUUGCCUGCGGAGAAGCCCAUCCGAGCCUAUUCGCCCGCAGGCAACUUCGUCACCGUCAGGUCUCCGUCUCGCCUCAGACCUCUUCUCGCAGAGCUACUCGAGGUGCUCAUCUCUAUUGUUCGUCCCGUGGUCUUGGGGCCAACUGGCCUUUCCUUGCAAGCAAGCGUCGUCUCUUCGCAGGAACAGGACGACUCCCACGUUGCAUAUUUACGCUCCAUCCUAGACGCAGAUCUCAUCCAGGAGGAGAUUGAACACGGGGUUUUUGACCCCUCUGGUGUGUUCAAGGCGGUUGGCGAUAUCAUGCGAUGUUACUGCGCAUCCAUGAGGGACCAAGCUAUUAACCAGAUGGUCGCGCUCGCGGAAUCAUGUUCGCCAGGAGGCACCGGCACCAAGGUGGACGUAGUACGCGUGAUCCGGUUGUGCUUCGAGAUUCUGGAGCUAAUAAAGCUUGACGUGGCCAAUAACCAACUUCAGACUCUUCGUCCUUAUCUCGUCCGCUCCGCAGCCCAGUUUGAACUCAAAAUGUUUCGAGAAAAUAGACAGAAGGAUCCGCUGCCGUUGAAGACUACACGCCAGUGGCUUCAGGCAGCCUUCGACGACCUGGCAGCGCAAGCAACUGACCCCCGGCCGUCUUCAAAUCUUUCCGCCAGUCACUCGAGAUACCCACGCUUUUUGCAGAUACAGCUCUCCGUCGUGAGGGCGGUCAUUAACCUGAUAUUCGAUUCAGCCUCACUACCCUCGCCGCUAGUCUCCUCCCCGACUCGUCAGGGGUACCCAGAGACGCUCUAUCUGGAUCAUACCCGUCUUACCACCCUUCGCAACGAUGCGGCAGAUUUCACGACGCUUUACAUGCUGAUGAUGCUUUAUCGUCAACUCGUCCACUCCGGUUCCACACCGGCAGGUCCGGGGAUAGCAGUCUCCUCAGACGACCUCGCCGCGUUCAAAAAUGAGAUACGGGAAAUUGGUCCGGCGCGGCUCGGAUAUUGCUUUACCCACAGGCCGGCCUCGGGCAUCGCAGACUCGGAGUCUAAGCUGGCGGCUUGGCGCAAAGUCAUGGACGAUGUCGUCUUACAGCUCACCACGAAGGCCUGCGAAGCUCGUGCCCGGUCACGUUCACCCACCGCUUCGUCCUUACCCGCAUCUCCAACAGCUCCGGUUCAGCGAUCUAUACCGUCUAGUGCGCAGGACAGUUACCUGCUGAAACUCGCAACGAGCUGGAUAGACUCCCAUCUCCUCUCCGAUUCGCCUCUCGGUGCCUUGAUGAAGAAGCGCACCAAGGAGGCUGUCGAGGAUCUUGCGAUACCGAUCGUCCUCCCGAGCCUGGCUUCGUCUGGAAAGCCGGAUGUUCCCUCUGCGCAGGAAGCAGCGCGCGUCGCGAGCGGCCUCGAACCGCUCUUGCCAGAGGUUCAACAUCUCGCACGAAGGCUCUCAAAGCUGGUCUCCAUACAUCUUAACGUGUAUGGUACGCUGUACACGCAGUCUGGCUUUGUUCGGGACCGGACUAUGCCUGGUGCCUCUUCUCUCUCCGAGUCGUGAUAGUGCCACGAUACCCCCGUUUGCCCCUUUGUUCAGCUUUGUGCUAACCCUCUCGUACUCCCACACUCGUUUGCACGGGCUAUUUGAACGCGUCUUGGUCUCUCGCUUUCAUUCACGUCUUAUCCACUUAGUAUUAACGAUAUUUUGCACGAUACGACGAGAUUUACGUCCAGAUACCAACACAAAGCUAAUACAAACCU